CGUGAGCAUAUAAGAACACCGUUCAGCCAUCAACAGGAUACAGUUCCACUACCCUCGCUCGAAACAUUCUCUCAGGAUGAAGACCUUCGCAGUGGUCGCUGCGCUCCUGCAGGUUGCAGUGUCAAGUCACGUGGCUGUGAGACUUCCGUACUUGAAUCCAGCUGGAGUAAACUAUGUCGGUGGAGUUUCCGCUCACGGUGCUCCGCUGGUGAGUGCUCCAGGUCCAAACCUCGAGUACCAACACGGAGAAGCUGCUCUUCAGUACGCCCAGCAGCCCCAUGGCCUGGAGUACGAACACCAUCACCAGGGACUGGAGUACGCUCAACACUCCCACGGCCUUGAGUACGCCCAGUACCCUCAGGCCCAACUCCAGUACACCGCCCACGCUCCGGCCCACGUUGAGGCCCAUCACGUCGGCUACGCCACGGCCCAAGUUCCAGCCGUCGCUGCAGUCCCCGUCGUCAAACACGUCCCUGCCCUCGCCGAAGUUCCGGUUACCAAAAUCGAGGCUCAGCACGGAUUCAUCGAGAAGCAAGUCGACGUAGCGAAACCCGCUGUAGCCACCAAGAAGUUCCAGGUGCGAAGACCAGCUAUCCAAAAACACUUUUACGAUAUCGAAGAGCAUGUCGUAGUGCGUCCAGCUGGAACCGCGCUUGUGGAGCUUGCCGAGCCUCUGUCGAAGGUGCAGAAGGGCCCGACGGUCGUCCAGGCCCUCGAACACGCCGCUCCUUUGUCAGUGAGCGCAGUCGCAGACGAACAUCAUCAUCAUCACCAUCAGGAGCAUCAUUUGGACGCCCAUUCCCACGGAACCAUCCACGUGACGCCGACUCCAGGCUUCGUCCACGCAACCCCGACCCCCGUCUAUGCUCACGAAGCCGUCCACGUGACCCCGGCCCCAGUUUUGGUCUCGUCUCCAUCCCCCUCUCCAGUCUUCGUCUCCUCCACCGUGGCUCCGCACUACGAAGAGAGCGAUUCGGUGAUUGUGGAGAACGCCAACUUCAGGAACUCCGUCGCUUCGCUGAAGCAGAAGGAACGCCAGAUCGAAGACCUCGAGCAUCAGCAGGACAUCCUCAAGGCUGAAAUUAAUGCUGAAAGAUCUGCUCAGGCCCACUCCGCCCACUCUGGAGUUCAUCACGGAAUCGUGACGCACUCGAACGGAUCACCACUGGAGGAACACGUGGCUCAUUUGGCUGCUCACGAAGCUGGACCAUCGGUGGUACCAAGCGUCAAAUCAAGCCCAGCAGAGGCCCAUGCCAACCAGCACAAGCUUAUCGAACUGCUCACGGCACGAGGUGGAGUGGCUGAGGUUGGAUUCGGCCGCGAAGGUCCCGCCAGCUACGUCGGUGAUGCAGGCCACGUCCAUGCCCGCGUUCUAUCCGCAACUCCGUCUCCGGAUUACGCUCAUCCGACUGGCGAACGUGUCUCGACGAGACGUGUCGUCGUUAGUCGGCCGAUCGAGACGCUCCAGGAGUUCGACGUCGUGGAGCCGGCGACCAAGAUCGAGAGGGUCUCUUACCAGCAGCCCACCGUCAUCAAGACCGCUCGCACCCAUCACGUCAAGGUCCAGACGUCCGUUCCCGUCUAUGGAAAGGCCCUGGCACCAGCAGUCGCCCAUGCAUCGGUCCCCGUUUUUCAGAAGACCGUCACCCCCGCUGCUGAGUACGGAUAUUACCACUGAGGACUUCAUCGCCCCCGUAAUUUUGGUGCAGCGGCUUUUUGCAGCCCACUAAUAGCUCCGCGUUCACACUGCGAGAGAUUCAUGGAUUGAUUGAUUGAUUAAUUAUAGACACUCGUCUUUAGAGCGACGGUGAUAAUCAUUUUACACCGCAGUGUUCGAGACCCUUCGACUUUUAAACAUAAUUAUAUAAUAUACAUUAUAUUAUAUUAUCGAAAUCUUAGGUGUAAAUAUUCGCCAAUGAUCGAUCAAUCGAACGAUUUAUCUUGUAUGUAUAUCAUCAUUUUAUCAGUUUAAUAAAUUAAAUCAAUUAUCU